AUGACUAACUCAACAUCCCAGAGGCAUCCCUUGGAUAUCUAUCCAAGCGACGAUGUGGUGUUGGAAGUCUACACUAGCCUUCGAGCAGUCAUAGAACUCAUCAACGAGUACUUGGGCUCCUUUCUGACUGGCGGCGAACAAUACAUAGCAUUCACACAGGUGUCCGACGCCGACCUGCUCGACUUCGAAAAAUGGCGAGCGUGUAAUUGCCCUCGUACGUUCCUAGUGCGAGUCUUCCCCGCUCACAAUACCCUCGUCAUCAAAUUCAAAUCGCCACUAUGCAAGCGAGUCAGUGAAGCCAUGCACCACAGGUUCUACAUUCGUAAAUAUCAACAGCAUCAGGGGCUCACUGCUGAUAUACUCUCUCACGUGGGCCCGACGAUAUACACGAUGCGCAAUGGACUGCAGCUCGAAGCAGAACAGGCCUAUAUCCCACUUGCAAACAGAAGACCCGAUAGCUACCCGUCCCUUGUCUUGGAAUUCGGGGAUACGGCUUCCCUUGAUGCGCUGCGAGUCGAUGCAUGUCUAUGGCUGGAAAAUACCUCCGGCUUCACCCAUUUAGUCCUGGUAGUUGCCUUCUCUGCCGACGAGAUCGUGUUCGAGUGCUGGGAGCACAGGGAUGGCUUUGCGGAAUGUACACACGAGGUCAGCGUGGAGUAUGCAAGUGGAAGGGUUCGGCAUGCCCCCUUGAGUAUACCGCUCGAGCUGAUCUUGGAUGAAAUGCCUGGUAUUCCGGGUAUAACGGAGGAUGCCACCAUUGUGUUUUCGGAUGAUGACCUUGUCAAUUUUAUGCAGGAGACGAUUCACAGUGAAACAGCGUGA